AUGCCCUCAGAUGUGCAAUCCGCCUCUAGCGAGAACCAAACCUAUCCCAUAGACGGUCCUGGUCCUGAGCAGAUAUCCCCACCCUUGACCAACAGUCGAUCGCAGUACGCAUCCACAACCCACACAAGGGAGACUUCUCUGGCGAGAGGACGGCCACAGCAACCUGCUUCUCAGUCAUAUGGCUCUUCAUUCUUGCCCCAUUCGCGCGCUGGCUCGGCCCAGCCUCACGCAUCAGAAUCAGGAUUGAACAAUAGAGUCUCCCCUGCGGUGGACACUGGCCUGCAACGACGGCCCUCCAAUAAUUAUGGUCACCACCGCCAGACUUCGGUCAUACACGGUCUGCAGCAUUCCAGGGGUCCUAGUUUCAAUUCACCUACGUCUGCCAGCCCUCUGACGCCUGAUUCAUCCACCGCCGGUCCCAAUUAUGCUGGCUACCCGGCGGCGGCACGAAGAGGCCAAUACUCAAAUGGCGAGGCCCCUACCACCCACACAACCCCGGUGUCUCCGUUCCCAGGGCAUUCCCAAGGCCAUUCGAUCGAUACCCUCAUAGACACCAAUGUUCCAACAAGAGAUAACCCACCUUCCCAACCAAGGAAGCGAAAAGAUCAGUCACGGACUCGUCGUGGCCAUGGCUACCAAUCCUCCAGCUCGCAGGCUGAGCCCCGAACCCCCGGGGAAUAUGCUCUACAUCACUUGUUUCAUGCAUUUGUCUUGAGGGCCGAUCAAAGAAUCAACCACUGUAUUACGCUUCUCGAUAAUUCGGUUGCCCCGGUUGAGCAGGCGUGUGCCCCUGGUGUUGAUGUUGGUUUUGAUCAACUGAUAUCUUCUCUGGGCCAUAUUUCUCGAGAAGGCCCUAAACCUCUAGUGGACAGUUUGAUGCUGUGGCGGAAAGGCAAGGGCGACACGGCGGCAAACUUGAAGAAGCAAGUCUAUCAACAACGGCUGCAGGCUGGAGGCUCCGCAGUCAAUCUUCCGCUCUCGCUGCCUCGACGACAUACCGAACCCUCGCAGGGACCUGGAGAAUCCAAUGGUCCCCAGUCCAGUGCAGACCAUGCAUCGUCGUCCAUAGAAGACUCUCUAACGCAAGAAUAUAUUCUGGCGGAUCGCAGAGCCACAAUUUCGGUUUACAUCCUCUGUCGAGUGUUGAUUGCGAUUUUUGAACAAAGCAAUCUGGCUGCGAUCACUCAAGACUUGGCCAACAAACUCGAGGACAUCGUUUUUACCCAGAUCAGAGAGGUUGAACCUGCACAGAUAUUAACCUCCUCCAUACGGUUAUCUAAUUGGAGGAUAUACGGCGAAGUGCUGGGCCACAUGAGUAGGCUUGACUUUGUGAAUGUGACUGCUCGCUUCACCCAACAGCUUGAUACUUGGCAACAAGAAUUCGCUAAGAGCUCCGCCACUGCCACCGCCAGAGAUAUCGAAUCAAGGCUUGAAUUACUACUCUUAGGAAUGCGCCAUAUCCACAUCAAUGCCACAAAGGAGGCCUCCUAUGCAGUGACCGAUUUCUUGAGAACUCUGGCUGCUUUAUUCGCCGAUGCUCAUGGUCCCCGAGUGAAGCAAGCCUAUUGUCAACUCUUUGAACGUCUUUUGACUGCAGUAGCAAGCAAUCCCGACUGCUUUCAGGCAGUGCCUCAAUGGAAAGAUCUCAUCGAAGCUAUUAACGUGAGACUUGGAAGCAUGCUGGUCAAGAUCCGCCACUGGACCGCUGGCUUUCCAGUCUCUAUUCUACUUCUCUGCAUCUCGCCCCUCGAGGUGUUUUCAGCACAAUGGUCUCCCAUGAUCGCAACCCUGGUCCCAAAGCUUAAGGACAGGUCUACAAGGAGCCAGGCGCUCCAAGCAAUUUGCCAGCUUGUCUGGACAUACCUGAUGAGAGUUAACGAGCCCGGCCAAGUCAAGCAACGCCGGCUUGAGGAAAUUGUCAGAAUCACUGUUCCUCAAGGAAAGAAAACGCACGUGUCUUCUGACCCAUCUAUAUCAAUGCCUUUAGUCCAACUCAUCAGGGUCAUAGGCUAUGCGUCACAAGAUUUCUGCUUCAGGACUGUCAUAUUUCCUCUUGUUCACUACGACAUGUUUCAAUCAAGCAGAAACCUUAGGAUCGAGAAUAUGGAGCCGGAAAGAAUGGUCAUAGGCAUUCGUGCCUUUUUGGCAAUUAUGUCGGAUCUCGAACAAGAUAGCCCCAGCGGUCCUCCUUUCCCCGGAUUCAAUCUUCCGGUGAACACCCUUGAUGGACUGCCCUCAUCACCGAUGAGCAUGCGCACUAGCUUGGGUAUUGAAUCUCCAAUACGUACCUCGUUCGAGGAAGAUAAUCCGCCUUCAGUCCCAGUGAAUGUUUCUCGCCUUGACGAGAACGCUCGGCAGAUCUAUCUGCAGUUUUGCCAGAUAUUGGGCAAGAUCACAAUUCUUUGCGACAACACCUUCGGUGGUCAAGCAACAUUGAACGAAAAGUUUUCUACCACGACCAUGAUCCCAAAAACUCCCCUCGUGGAUGCAUUUACCCUGACCCGUAAUCAGGACGGAACAACCACCGACCAAAGACAAUACUAUUAUGAGCUUCUUCAUGUUGCUAUACAGGCUCUACCAAGAUGCUUCACUGAUCACAUUCCUCUCAGCCCAUUGAUCAAUCUAUUAUGCACAGGAUCUGCUCAUGUCCAGGCCAACAUUGCAGCAUCUGCUACUCAAUCACUGAAGGCAAUCGCUCGACAAGGUCAUGCACAGUCUGUAGCAAUCGCCUUCCCGCGUUUUAUCUUCCAUUAUGACUUGCAAUAUUCAACGAUGUCUGAUGAAGGUCGACUUGGACCUGCUCAUAUUGAGGCUACGCUCUCGCUGUACCUUGAGCUACUUCAAAUCUGGACGGAGCAGCUAAAGCAAAAGGCAGUUGCUAAUUCACCAGAGGCACGCGAUCGCGUCGGCACUACCUCCACCAGGGCAAUGCAGAUGGAGCUUACAAAUGUCAUCCCGCUCGUGGACGAGAUCGAGGCUUACGGACUCUUUUUUCUUUGCUCUCAAUCUCGCCGGGUCCGCACUUUUGCGAUCAAGGUCCUUCGCCUUGUCCUUCAAUUCGACAAGGUGUUGGGCCAAGAUGAGCCCUCAAGAAUUAUUAAAAUUCUUGAAAACCAGUCUUCAAAAGUACUAAAUUUCCAAGACGAUGCCCUCAAUGUAGCCGAGCGUAGCCGUCUUCAGAAGGAUAAACGUGGAACUGCUGGCCAGAGCACGUUGAUCGAGAUUUGCAGCUCCGAAGUUUCCUAUGAUGCAACGUUGUGGUUCAAGGCAUUUCCUAAUCUCAUUCGUGUCAUUUUUUAUGCCUGUCCAAACGCCAUUGCCUUAUGUCGAGGGACGGUCACGGACAGGCUGAUGAUGAUGCAAAAUGACAUCGAAGGCCUAUCGGAGGCGAUGACAGGCCCAUCUGCCUUAUUCGAGUAUCGUGCCCAGGGACGGAGCUCUGCGACAUCUUCUGAAGUCCUUUUCGAUCAAUGGAAGCUGUAUCUCAUUAUGGCCUGCGUAACAAUCAGCUCACCUGGGGCGCAAUCACAGAGCCAGCUGGCUGAGGCGGCCCAUGCACGAAAAACUUCCAAAGGACCAGAACGAGCACAAGAAAAGCUGAGUUCAGCUCGUGCCUUGUUCUCUGCCAUUAUUCCAAUGCUAGGAGCUACUCCCGAUGCAAUUCGUGAUGCGGUUGUAUCCGCUCUUGGAUCCAUCAAUCGUAAGCUUUAUCGGACUUUGCUGGAGUCUUUGCAAUAUGCGGUUAUCAAAUGCAACGAUGAAGCGAAAGCAAGAAUCAAUCAUCAACGCACGCCAAGCAGUCCUCAGCGUUCGCAGAAGACGGAACGCCUUCGCACGGAAGUGACCCACGUCUACAAGUCUACUGCUUCUUUCCUGCACCAUGAAGAUAUCUACAAUGAUGAGUGGAUACUUCAUAAUCUCGUCGCCUACACAAGAGAUCUGCGCAUUUUUCUGAGCGACACCGACGUUCAAAAUGAUUGGAGAUUUCAGAAAUUGCGGUAUCACUUCUGCGGUCUGGUAGAAGAAGUAUUUGAAGGUGUGAAUCGAUCGAAGACUCCUUCACGGUGGAUGCCAUUUGAGUCGCGCAAGUCGGCAUUUGCUCUCAUGGAAGACUGGUGUGGCUAUUCUGCCGAACAACAUCUUUUCGACCACAAUCAUGCCCAUGCCCGGGAACUGAACGACCGUAUGAAUGCCAAUGCUGCAACAGAAAAAGAAAAGAAUAACUUGCGAGUGGCGGCAUUGAGUGCAAUGGCGACACUUUGUGCUGGCCCAAUCACCAUCAAGACUGACAGUAACGCAAUCCUAUCUUUCAACCUACAGCGGAUGCUUUCCUGGGUGGACACAAUAUUUGCCACCAACAAUCAUAAAAUGCAUAUGAUCGGCAGACGAGCUCUUAAAUUGCUCCUGUUGAAUAACCCUGAACAUCUGGUCGUCAUCGAUAAUGCCAUCGAGCAAUGCUACAGAACAGAAUUACCCUUGGCAUUGGAAAGCUAUUUCGGUGUUGUAUGUGAGGUAUUGAUAGAGCAGGCAGAAUAUCCAAUCACAUUCUGGAAGAUUCUCAGCCUUAUUCUCUUCACACUGGGUAACGAAAAUCGAGAGAUACGCAUGAAAGCAGCCAAUCUCAUCCGAACUCUUGAUGACAGGCAGCAUAAGAGCUCAAAUCUCCAGGAGUUUGAUAUCAGCAUCUCCGACAAGACUCGCGCCGUCUAUAAACUGGCCCAGUUCGAGUAUUCUAAGCGAUUGUCCAAAGCCAACUCAGACCUAGCCUUCAUGAUUUUCUCAGAGUUCUCUCUUCAUUAUAAGUCAGCCCGAAGCGAUCACCAGCGCAAUAUGGUUGCUGCAAUAUUGCCUUGGCUUCAGGUUGUGGAACUCCAGGUUGAUCCUGGGACAGGAGGCCCUACAGCCGUAUCAUACAUGCUGCUGGCAAACAUGUUCGAAAUCACCAUCUGCUCCAACAGUGCAAUGCACAAUGAAGUACAGGCUUUGUGGCAAGCUCUAGCUACAGGGCCGCACGCUGGCAAUGUCCAACUAAUUCUUGACUUUAUCAUUUACUUGUCGCUAGAUCGACGCGAUCAAAAUUUUGUCGAGUAUGCCAAACAAAUCGUGGUCUAUCUCUCGUCGACCCCAGCAGGGUCACGAGUAUUGGAGUUUUUCAUGCUACAGCUUACACCGAAAAAUAUGGUAAAUGACAAAAAGCACGCCGAUGUUGUAAUGCCUGACACUAGAAACCUGCCUUACGUGGCUGACCUAACCUCACUACUACCAAUGGGCAAUAAACAGGUCGGCCUCUCAAUGGGCCAAGUCUCCCUGAUUUUCCUAGUCGAUUUAAUGAUCACUCCUGUGACGCUUGUGAAGGAAGAGGUAAUCAAACUCAUCCAUACAGUCCUGAUUUUAUGGGAUCAUUAUACAACGUCUGUUCAGGAACAGGCGAGAGAAAUGCUGGUCCACCUCAUUCACGAGCUGGUGACCACAAAGAUCGAGCCCGGCACUCUUACAUCCGCAAAGUCAACGAUCGAGGAUCUCGUCGAUGCAGUUCGCUCAAAUCACUCGAGGGUGAGCUGGUCGUACGAGAAUAAUACACGUAAGGAUGAAGAUGACGGCGCUAGCCGAGUUCCGCCUGCCAUGUCAGUCUUGACCUCAGAGAUCGUCACCAUAUUCAAUCUCGCCUUCGAUACUUUCAGUGAUAGCUGGGCCAAAGAGGCUUUGCACUGGGCAUCCAUUUGUCCUGUGAGACAUUUAGCCUGUCGAUCAUUCCAAGUCUUUCGAUGCAUCUCGGUCACCCUUGAUGCGAGAAUGCUUGCAGAUAUGCUCGCUCGGCUGUCCAACACAAUCGCCGAUGAACAAACAGAUUACCAGACUUUCUCAAUGGAAAUCUUGACAACCCUAAAAGUCAUCAUUGGCGCACUAGAUCCUAAAAAUCUCAUGCGCUAUCCUCAAUUAUUUUGGACAACUUGUGCCUGUCUCAAUACCAUCCACGAAAGAGAGUUCUAUGAAACGAUGGGCAUGUUAGAGAAGUUGCUGGAGAAGCUUGACUUGAGUGCCCCCGAUGUAACUGAAGCUAUGCUAAAGGGACAGCCAGGAAAAUGGGAAGGGGGAUUUGAAGGUCUCCAACCAUUGCUUUACAAGGGGCUGAGGUCUGCUGACAGUCUCGAUAAAACACUCCUUGUCCUGCACAAGUUUACGGCCCUUCCUGACUGUGAGUUGGUCGGAAGUGAUGAUCGCCUGGCUUAUUGCGUGUUUGCCAAUCUACCACGCUUCCUGAGGACCUUUGAUCUGGAUGUUGUCAACCCUGCGGCGUUCGCAACUGCUCAGCGCCUUGCACAAGUGGCGAAUAUCCAAGGUCACAGCCUCCUCUCUACCUGUCUCCAACGAUUCGUGGACAAGGAGUACAUGUUGAGCAGAGACUUUAUGACCGCUAGCAUUCAGGCCCUCAGAGUCUCAUUUUUCCCAGCUUUCGACGCCCGGAGCUUGAUCUUCAUGGUUGGGCUUUUAACGAACAAGACUGGUUGGUUCCGGGUGAAAACCAUGGAGAUCCUCUGCGAAUUGAUUCCCCAGGUUAAUAUGAAAAGCCCAGCAAUUACAACCCAUGGGCCGGACCUAAUAUCACCGCUUCUUCGACUUCUCCAGACCGAGCACUGUACCCAAGCCCUAGAAGUGAUGGACUUCAUCAUGGAGGUAUCAACGACACCGAUGGAGAAGCAUCAUAUGCGUAUGAGCAUGGCCUCUGGGUCGGCAAAGGCCAUUCGUAAAGAGUAUGAACGGACUCAGAGUUUGUACGGCAUACCACUGCCAUCCGGUUGGUCUAUUCCAAUGCCGGCUGUCUACUCAAGUAUGACUCGACACAAUGUCCACGCAGUGUUCUAUACGUGCGGAGAUACUGAUUCUUUGACCGAACAAGCGACCGCCACACCUGAUGUCGAGUUCUCGGGAGACGAUGGAUACACUGACUCCUAUUUCCCGCCACAAAGUCGCGCUGAAACUAUUAGAUCAAUGGAGGCCGCAGCAGACACCAACGUGAGCGACCUGAUCAAUACUCUCGAUAGCCUCAACGAUUUCUUUGAUGAUGUUGAUGACGAUGAUGUUUUGACCCCAACUGGAACGAGUCACCUUGGUGUUGCCGCGAUGAACAUACCCUCUCUUCCUGAGCAUAGUACAACCCUUUACGACGAGCAGACUGCCCCAAUUCUCCGUCAAAGCCUUGCGCGAAGUUCAUCUCUGGCGGCUAUGCAGGAUGGGUUUGCUGAAACAGGUCUCCUGCCGGGAACAACGCAUCGAAAACAGCCAAGUGCCUCGUCGCCCGGCUAUCAGAGCAUGGCACAGACAUCAUUCUCGUCUAUCGAUGAAUUAGGGGGCCCGGGUCCAUCGUUGCCUAACUCUAGCAAAAAGCAAUCUAAUCAGACUGUUUUAAGUCCUUUGAAUCAAACUCGCCCUGGUUUACAUGCUCGAUCAAUCACGUCUCCCGCAAACCAGUACCCCAAUACUCAUCCCACUUCGGAAGGAUUACCAUCGAUACCUGCAGGCAGUUCUUUCAGGUCACAGGAUGACUAUGCAGAUCAAUAUGACGAUGCCUUGCUUUCGGACGGCGAAAAUAGUCCCUUUCCGACACUUAAUGUGCCUCACUCUGGCCAGUCUAGAAAGCUAUCCGGUCCAGGGCCUUCAGAAUAUCAGACCACUCCUACCUCAGCUACUGAGACUGGGGGAGCAUUCAGCAUACAGGGUAUGCGGCGAGGUAUGCGACGUCUCACAGGUGGUAAGAGUGAAAGCUCAAAAGAAAAGGAGAAGGUUCGAGACAAUGUUCGGAUACGAGGUCAAUCAGGCAGUCACAAUCAAGUGACUGCUGCCAUACAAAGCCCACGAGUACCCAAGGUACCUAUGGAAUACCUCAAUGCUAGCAAUAGCAAUGUGGCCAGUCUCAGCCCGACAACAAGUCCUGGACUAUGA